AUGACUGGCUCCCAGGCACUCCGCCGUAUUCUCUACGUUGAUGCAGAAGAUGGAUCUGUUGCCCGUCGUGGCUAUCAUUUUGGUGGGGCCUAUGAGCCGCUUUUGUACUCAACAAUGCUCGAACAGCCUGCAGGACUGCAGCCACGUAGCGGUUUUCGUGUAGCUUGCGCCUGUUUGGCCGGUUGCUUCUUUGGAUGCCUGACAAUGAAGGCAAGGAACAUGGAGCGGUGGUGGUUAGGACUCUUCUUUAUGUGCGGUAUGUAUUACAAUGCCGUGAAGGCGCAAAAAGUGAACAAUGGUUUAGUUGGACAUCAAUGUGGAUUCUUUGCCGCAGGGAUGGGCGUUUUGGGGUGUGGCUGCCGUUUAGCCGUGCAUGCAGGAAGCGCCAGAAUGAACAGACGACUUCUUUUUUUAUUCGCCAGCCUUAUGUGGUAUGAAGUUGGCCGGUACCACAUGUGGGCGGAACACGUUUCGGAAUUUCGACGUGAAAUCACACCAGAGCGGUCAUAUGAUCUUUUGGCGGAAUUUGUCCCACAAGAGAUUGAGACCGAAUUUCUUCCGUAUCGUUCCGUGUCGUCAGAAUAA